UGAUCAUCGGGGGCCAUGGGUGACCCUUUUGUUUACUUGGCGGAGUGGCAGGUGCUGCUCUGUACGUCCUGUGGCUACUGCCUCCGGCCGGGACGUGACGUCUGGGUUCGACACCUGAGGCAGGCACCUCAUCUCCUGCGAGGAGCGUCCUUAAAGGCUCUCGUUGAGCUAUUUGCCAGCUAUGUCCUGCGAGCCGCAGAGGCCGAGCCAGGGCAGCUGCCGACAGAGGUCAUCUCGGGACUACGGCUCCUUAACGGCUUCCAGUGCCUUACCUGCUCGGCUUACCUCACCAGGGACUACAAGGCCAUGCAGCGUCACGUGUCGAAGGCCCACCAGCAGAAGCCAGCGUUGCACGAGAAGAGCCCUUUAUGGCGGGAGUACAAGCUCCAGACCUUCUUUGCCGAGAAUCGCUGGGUUCGGUAUUUUGUUGUUAGUGGGGCUACAGGAGCUAUAGACGCUAGCACAAAGAGCUUGGACUCGGGGGAGGCAGACUUCUUCAGGCAGCUAGAUGAAGACGCAGUUACUGCAGAGGAGGAUGCUAAAGCAGAAGCUAACAUUGUUCACGGCUUUGAUAGUCACAGAUCUGCAGUAGUGCCGUGGCUAAGACGGACCGGCAUCGAGGAGCACACAUGGGGCUUAAAGAAGGACGAGAUGCACGCCUCCUUUCUGGCGCCGAGGAAUGCCGACGACGAGCCCGAGCUGUUCUUGAUGCUAGAGGUCAUGGACGAGAUCUUUACAGAGGCACACAGCUAG